CCGGGGCCGGGCCUGCGCCCUCCGCGCCCCGCCGCAGCCGGGGGGGCCGGGGCCGGGCCGGGUGCCUGCGGGGCCGGUGCCGGGGGUGCCCCGGGCUGGUUCGUACCGCCGAGGGGGAGCUCGGGGGCUGCAGCGUGGCCGGGGGCGGCCGCUCUGAGGUGAGGGGACCCCUCCUGGCGGCGUCCGUAAUCGUGCAGGAGCUCUCUGUCCGGGGGUGUCACAGAGGCCACGAUGUGGAGGCUGGCAGCUCACAUCCUGCGGGGGACCAAAGUCCACUCCGUGCUCCAGGGCAGGCGUGUGCUCGCCGCAGCCACCCUACUGCCGUGCCACUGGCAGGGGACAGCGCGAGGGGCCCACACCAGCGACAUGAGCACAGCAAUACAGAAGGUGGAGGCUCCGGACGCGGAGCACCUCGUCCACGUGCAGUGGGAGGAUGGGAGCGAGAGCCGCUACCCGUGCGUCUGGCUGAGAGACAACUGCCAGUGCCCCGACUGCUUCCUGCGCUCGGCCAAGGCACGCAGGCUGCUCUUCGAGGAACUCGAUGUUGACAUCGUGGCAAAGGAAGUCACUCUGACAGACGGAAAAAAGAUAUCUAUUACGUGGCCCGAUGAACACACAAGCGAAUAUGAAGCUGAGUGGUUGAAAAAACGAUGCUUCUCUGAAGCAGCCAGAGCAGAAAUGCGAGAAGAUUUGUUUUUACCAGAACGUCAGUACUGGGGCUCAGACCUGCAGCUUCCCGAAAUACCUUUUGAAGAAAUCUUGUACAAUGAUCGAAGUGCAUACCAGUGGCUGUGCACCCUAAAGAAAGUGGGAAUUGUGCUACUAACAGGAGCUGCUGCUAGGCAGGGGGAGUUGGUUAAGCUUGGCCACAGGAUUGGUUUCCUGCGUCUCACUUUUUAUGGACCGACUUGGCAAGUGCAAGACAAAGCAGAUGCUAACAACGUGGCUUACACGACCGGGAAGCUGUGCUUUCACACCGAUUACCCUGUUCUGCAGCAUCCACCUGGGGUUCAGUUUCUCCACUGUAUAAAGCAAACAGCUGCAGGAGGUGAGAGUGAAGUUGUAGAUGGAUUUCACGUAUCCAACAAGCUGAAGCAACAAAAUCCUCAAGCAUAUCAGAUCCUGUCCUCUACUGCUGUAGACUAUACGGAUGUCGGGGUCGACUACUGUGAUUUUGCCGUGCAGUGUAAGCAAAGGAUUAUAGAUGUGGAUUACAGAGGCCAAGUAGUUCGCAUCAAUUAUAAUAAUGCAACAAGAGACACAGUGUUUGACAUACCAGCUGAAAAAGUGCGGCCAUUUUAUGCAGCUCUAAAGGAAUUUGAUGAUUUAUUAAACAGCAGAGAACACAAGUUUACUUACAAGCUGAAACCAGGAGACGUAGUAACGUUCGAUAACUGGCGCGUGCUUCAUGGUCGCCAGAGCUUCCAGUCAGGAUUAGAAGUGACUCGCCACCUGGAGGGUGCCUACGCCGACUGGGAUGUGGUCAUGUCAAGGCUCCGGCUCCUCCGAAAGAGGGUCCUGAAUAGGGACUGAGCUUUCUUCUGACUAGAACAAGCAAAACUAGAUUGUCUAACCUCAAAAAAAGUAAAAAUAAAAUUAAUAAAAAUAAAACUAAUUUCAGAAACUAACAUUAUGAAUAUCUGAAUGUAUUUCUGAAUUCCAGUAGGUGCUAAGACACUUGCUGCUCAUAGCAAUUAAAGAUUUGUCUGUGCCCUAGGCUUGGAAUCUACAAGUGAAUUGCUAUCUCAGUCAAUUUAUUUUCUUUUUAAAAGCAGCAUGCAAAUGGCUUUAAAGGUUAUCACUUUACAGGGGUAUCCCGAUGCCCUGAUUUGCCCUCACAGAUAUACCCGCCCUCCCUAGAAAGCUUGAAGGGAUCAUCAAGAAGGAGUUUAUUAGUAACUAAAGGUUCGUUAUGAACAGCAUCUUCCACUACUUUCAGAAAGGCAUCCUUUACUGCAUAAAUCAUAACCCAAUUCAUUAGCAAAAUAAGCAACCGCUGCUUUGGAGUUGUUUUUACGUAGAGACCUUUCUAAGUAGAACCACACUUUACCAUAAGCCCUCAUUCAACAGAUGCUGUGCUCUGUAUAUUCCAAUGUACAUGUGAUGACUGUCACAGCCACAAACAACAACUUCUACGUUUCUAAGUUCAUAAGCUUGGAAACCAUAGAGCUAACAGAGAAUGCAUUGCGUUAAUUUUCCUCUGCAUUAGGAAUAGAAAAUUCUCAGUGUAGAGGUCACUGAUAGGGCCAGAAAUGACAUCAGAUGCUGUGCACAGAUAUAAUCCAGAUCUUCAGAUCUCCUACAGAGACAGCCUGAGGGAGUUGGGGUUGUUCAGCCUGGAGAAGAGAAGGCGCCGGGAAGACCUUACAGCGGCCUGCCAGUGCCUAAAGGGGGCUGCAGGAGAGCUGGGGAGGGACUCCCCAGGGAAUGUACUGAUGGGACAAAGGGGAACGGCUCUACUAAAAAAGGGUAGGUUUGGAUUAAAUAUAAGGAAAUUGAAAGACAAAUUGAAGGACAGAGGUUUAAAAUGCAGGUUUUCACACUCAAAAUAGGUGUGAAAUAGACUCCCCUUGAGUCUAUUCCUUAUAGGUGUGGAGUUAAGAGGAUGCCCUCUCACCCAUGCUGAGGGCCUGACAAAAUAACCACCCUUCUGCUCCUCGGUUUGCUCCAUUCAACUGCUGAUUUCCAAGCUAUUGCUUUAAAUAAAUAAAUAAACCCAUGCCACUUCCUGGCAGGCUAAAACAAUAGAACUGUAACUGUGAAAUUAAAUAACUGUAGAAUUAACUAUGUUAACAACAACGACAAGAGAGCACACAAAACCCUAAGCGAGAUCCUAAUAUAAGCUUGCAAACACUGUCAUGACUUUUACUCAUAAUUUACAGUCAACAGAUGUCGCUCAGUAAGCAAAUAAAACUGAAUUGGAAUUUGGGUGUGAACGGGCAGUGUGUUUCAGAGCCUCUUCAGUAAACAGUGAAAUAUUUUUGUCAAAGUUUUAAACUGACAUUAAUAUGUAGCACAACAAAAAUGGCUUUUAGUGGUUUUCUCAGUGCCUCCUUUAAUAGUCAACUUUGGAAAGAAGAGCAAAGUAUUUUUUUGCCUUUGCUAUAGAAAGGGCAAAAGAUGGGGAACGGCUUAUACCUAUUUUCUGUAAAACACCAGCAAUACUGUGCUUUAGCUGGGAUAUUUUGCAUGUAACAAUUUAGCGAGGAUUGCCGUUUGUAACAUUUGGAAUCUAUAAAGAUGAUGAAUAGCAAGGAGAUUUUCUGCUUUUAUUCAGUAAUUUUCUAAAACUUCUUUUAGUCAUAUGUCUGUUUAUUAAAAUCUGUUACGGAACCAAUUAUUCUUUUGGGCUCAUACGUAAUCUCACACACGUCGAGUCAUUACCAUUCACAAACGCCUGUAAAUGUGAUUAGACCUGGACCCAUUCAGGUUUCCAUACACUUAACACACAGCUACAAUACAACUAAACACAUAGCUUUGAACAGCUGUGGG